AUGAAUAUGGAUUUGAACUUGAUGCCUCAAGAGGAAGAACAUGAAACCAUUGAUUUGAACUUGAUGCCUCAAGAGGAAGACGAUGAAGGUAUUAAUUUGAAUUGGAUCCCUGAAAAGGAGGAACCUCAAGUGGCAGAGAAUGUGGCUAUGGAUUUGAACUUGAUGCCUCAAGAGGAAGACGAUGAAGAUAUGAAUUGGAUGCCUCAAGAAGAUGAAGGGAAAGAGGAUGAAGCUCAAGAGGAAGAGGAUGAAGUUAUGAAUUGGAUACUUCAAGAGAAGAGAAGAGAAUUGUCAGAUAAGGAGAGGCAUGGUGUUUACUUUGCCUUGCUGGUAAUCGAGCUCAAAGAUGGGUCUGUUCAACCAGACGACAAGCUGCUAGUCUCAAACCUGUUGGACAUAAGUGUACGAUCUGUUGAAAGAAUCUGGGAAGAGGCUAAAAAGCAAAUUGCCGAUGGCAAAGAAGUAGAUGUCUCAAGCAAGAAGCCAGGAAGAUCAGGCCGAAAGAGAAAGGAGCUGGAUCUAGAGAGGACCUCAACAAUCCCACUGAAUAAAAGAAGAACAAUUCGAUCUCUGGCACGGUCUCUAGGUGUGGCCCGAUCGACCCUACAUAAGAGGUUCCAGUUGAAUGAGCUCAACCGCAUCACAAGCACCGUGAAGCCUCACCUCAAGCUAGAGAACAAGCUUGCGAGAUUGAAAUUUUGUAUGUCCAUGGUCGAUGACAAUUCGAUCUCAACUUCUCGGGCUAUGUUAAAACCAAUGACGAAUAUGGUUCACAUCGAUGAGAAGUGGUUCGACAUGACGAGAGUGAAGAAUAGUUACUAUGUACUUCCAGGAGAACCUGAACCGAAGCGCACCGUGUCAAACACUCACAGCAUUGGGAAGGUAAUGUUCCUAACAGCUGUUGCCAGGCCUCGAUAUAACAAUGAGGGGGAGCUAACAUUCGAUGGGAAGAUCGGCAUUUGGGCAUUCGUCGAAGAGACUGAGGCGAAGCGGACAAGUCAGAACAGAACAAAGGGAACAAAAGUGUUGACAUCAGUGAAAGUAACCAGGCCUGUGUGCAAAGAUUAUCUAAUCAAUAAGGUUAUCCCGGCAAUUCAGGAUAAGUGA